CCUCCUUCCUCAGUCACUGUUUUGUCUAUUCGUGGCCUGUGACGUCAGAAGGAGGAGCGCGGAGGGAGAUACGGAAAGUGAGAGGGGCCAGGCCUGACAGUCACUCUGGAGGCGGAGGAGGAGGAAGAUGGUUUACAUCUCGAAUGGACAAGUGUUGGACAGCAGGAGUCAGUCCCCAUGGAGAUUGUCUUUUAUAACGGAUUUCUUCUGGGGAAUAGCCGAGUUUGUGGUUUUGUUUUUCAGAACUCUGUUUCAGCAAGAUGUGAAAAAGAGAAGAGGCUACGGAAGCUCAUCUGAUUCCAGAUAUGAUGAUGGAAGAGGGCCACCAGGAAACCCCCCGAGAAGAAUGGGUCGAAUUAAUCAUCUGCGUGGCCCUAAUCCUCCUCCAAUGGCCGGUGGAUGAGGAAGGUAA